AUUGGCUGAGGCUCAGGAGCGUGAGCCGUGGCGCCAGGAUUUCCCUCAGAAUAGCAGCUGAGGCUGCUUUACGAGGCGGGAUUCCUCUUCCUACCGUCUGGCCAUGGCUGCGAAAAAAGCCAUAAACUCCAAGGCUGAGGUGGCGCGGGCCCAGGCGGCCUUGGCAGUCAAUGUAUGCGCCGCCCGAGGGCUGCAGGAUGUGCUGCGGACCAACUUGUGUUCUAAGGGAGCCAUGAAAAUGCUUGUUUCUGGUGCAGAAGACAUCAGACCCACCAAAGAUGGCAUUGUACUGCUCCGUGAGUGGCAAAUUCAACACCCAACAGCUUCCUUGAUAGCUAAAGUAGCAACAGCCCAGGAUGACAUGACAGGAGAUGGUACUACUUCAAAUGUUCUAAUUAUCGGAGAGUUACUAAAGCAAGCUGAUCUUUACAUUUCUGAGGGCCUGCACCCUAGAAUAAUAGCUGAAGGAUUUGAAGUUGCAAAAAUAAAGGCACUUGAAGUUUUGGAACAAGUUAAAAUUAAAAAAGAGAUGAAAAGAGAAAUCCUCUUAGAUGUGGCUAGAACAUCUCUACAAACUAAAGUUCAUCCCCAACUGGCUGAUGUGUUAACAGAGGUUGUGGUGGAUUCUGUUUUGGCUAUUAGAAGACCAGGUUAUCCUAUUGAUCUCUUCAUGGUAGAAAUCAUGGAGAUGAAGCAUAAAUCAGAAACAAAAGAGGUGAGCUCUGGUUUCUUUUAUAAGACUGCAGAAGAGAAAGAGAAAUUGGUAAAAGCUGAAAGAAAAUUUAUUGAAGAUAGAGUACAAAAAAUAAUAGACCUGAAAGACAAAGUCUGUGCUCAGUCCAAUAAAGGAUUUGUUGUCAUUAAUCAAAAGGGGGCCGGUUGUGUGGUUCCAGGAGCGGGUGCAGUUGAAGUGGCAAUAGCUGAAGCUCCAGUUACAUACAAGCACAGUAUAAAAGGAAGAGCUCUUCUUGGAGUCCAAGCUUUUGCUGAUGCUUUACUCAUUAUCCCUAAGGUUCUUGCUCAGAAUUCUGGUUAUGACCUGCAGGAAACACUAGUAAAAGUUCAGGUUGAGCAUUCAGAAUCAAAACAACCUGUUGGCAUAGAUUUGAAUACAGGUGAGUCAAUGGUAGCAGCAGAUGCAGGAGUUUGGGAUAAUUAUUGUGUGAAAAAGCAACUUCUUCACUCUUGCACAGUGAUUGCCACCAACAUUCUCCUGGUUGAUGAAAUUAUGCGAGCUGGUAUGUCUUCUCUCAAAGGGUGAUUGAGUUCAAAACCAACUCUUCUAGAAGCUGAGACUUAGCACAUCUUACAUCCAACACCAUUAUAGAGCCUGAGCCAUUCUUAGUUUUUACACAGUAAAUGCAGUUUAUAUUUGGUGGUCUUAUAAGUCUCAGAGGUAUUUCAUCGAGGUACAAAGAACACAAGAAAAAAAAAAAAAGAACACAAGAAAUACUUUCACAGUAAAUAAUAUUAAUGCAAAUAUUUUUCCCUCAAAGUUCUAACUCCCUACCCUUUAU